CUCCCCGAGGCGGUGUGUGUGUACCUGUUGGCGUUGUUUGAGCAGUACGUGGAGAAGGGUCUUCAGUUUGUGUGGAAGCGUUGUGUCCAGGCCAUGGGCCAGGUGGACAUCAGUAAGGUCACUACCCUCUGCUGCCUGCUGGAGGCGCUGCUGCUGGGAGAGGGAAGACCAGACCUCAAGAUGGUAGGCUAAAUGUUACCAGGACACAGCAUGACCACAACUACAUAUUAACCAGUCAUUAUACAGAUGUAUAGCUCCAUCUCCAACCCAUGUCAUGUGACCUGGUUUCAUCUUGACAUUACUCUUUUGAAGUCUGAAAACGUCUGACAUAGCGUUUUUUUGUUGUUGAGUGAAAUGUCCCUUUGAUACUGAAUAUCGACCACACAUCAACCACAACCAAAUGCUAAUCAGUGUUUACAGGGACGUGGCGAGCAUUCAAACCUUUUUGUUUUUGAUACCACACACACACACACUCACAAGCACUCUUCUUUCCCCGUGUGUGUGUGUGUGUGUGUGUGUGUGUGUGUGUGUGUGUGUGUGUGUGUGUGUGUGUGUGUGUGUUUUCCAGGAGCCUAAGCACCUGAACAGUGUGUUGUGUCAGACGUUUGUAUUCUGCUACCUGUGGUCUGUGGGGGGUAACCUGGCUGACAGCCACUGGGAUGCCUUCGACAGCUUCGUCAGACAACAGUUUGAAGACAAUAAUGAUGCCAAGGUUAGUAGGGCCUUCAUCACCAUCAUCACCAUCACCAUCAUCAUCACCAUCAUCAUUAUUAUAGUCAGAAUUAUAAUCAUCAUCAUUAUAAUCAGAAUUAUAUAAUCAUCAUCAUUAUAGUCAGAAUUAUAAUCAUCAUCAUUAUAAUCAGAAUUAUAAUCAUUAUCAAUUAUAAUCAUCAUCAUUAUAGUCAGAAUUAUAAUCAUCAUCAUUAUAAUCAGAAUUAUAAUCAUCAUCAUUAUAGUCAGAAUUAUAAUCAUUAUCAUUAUAGUCAGAAUUAUAAUCAUCAUCAUUAUAGUCAGAAUCAUCAUCAUCAUCAUUAUAGUAUCAUCUACACCAUAUCAUGCGUACCACACAGAGACACACACACUAUAUACUGUUUUAUAUUCCAUACCAUCAGAAGACUACAUUUAAAAAACCAGACCAGUUCAAAGCAUUAUCUAUUACCAGGGUCCAACAUAGCCCGCCCUGGCUGCCAUACAUAUUACUGAAGGCCAACACUCCUCGCCAGGCGCUAGCUAGCAUUAGCAUGCUACAGAGGUGUGACUAGGGAAUGGGGGUUCUGUCCUAUUUGCUUCGAAGGUUAGAUUUUCUUAUCUGAAAUGCCAUGGGCAAUAACUAGGACCAGACUUUCUGCAAGGCUAGAAUUUUCUCUUAAACCGAACUGAACCCGAGAACCAACUUCCCUCGUUAAAAAUGGCAUAUGUGGCAUCGAUGUAAGUCAGAAACAUUUAUUCCAGUGCCAAAAUUGACAAAAAAGUAGGUUAAUUUGGUCAUGAAGUCAGUAUCGUCCAAAACAGAGUUUUGUGAGAUUUGUGUACAAGAGUUCGUCAUGACUUACCUGAGGGUUGGGUUUUUAGACAAUGCCCACUACCACAGGAUAAACAGCUGUGGUUUAUCCAAUCGUACGGCAGAACACACAGACAGUGAGACAGACCUGCCCAGCAGCACAACACGUCGUACAUUUUUCAACUUGCGAAAUACUGCACCAAACCCCUUAGCUAGAUGUAUUGAGAAAUAUUAUACUGUACCAAACACCUUAGCUAGAUGUAUUGAGAAUCAUUCUACUGCACCAAACACCUUAGCUAGAUGUAUUGGGAAAUAGCCUACUGCAUCAAACACCUUAACUUGAUGUUUUGGGAAAUAGCCUACUGCACCAAACACCUUAGCUAGAUGUAUUGAGAAAUAUACUACUGCACCAAACACCUUAGCUAGAUGUAUUGGAAAUCAUUCUACUGCACCAAACACCUUAGCUAGAUGUAUUGAGAAUUAUCCUACUGCACCAAACACCUUAGCUAGAUGUAUUGAGAAUUAUCCUACUGCACCAAACACCUUAGCUAGAUGUAUUGGAAAUCAUCCUACUGCACCAAACACCUUAGCUAGAUGUAUUGGGAAAUAGCCUACUGCACCAAACACCUUAGCUAGAUGCAUUGGGAAAUAGCCUACUGCACCAAACACCUUAGCUAGAUGCAUUGGGAAAUAUCCUACUGCACCAAACACCUUUGCUAGAUGUAUUGAGAAUCAUCCUACUGCACCAAACCCCUUAACUAUAUGUAUUGGGAAAUAUACUACUGCACCAAACACCUUAGCUAGAUGUUUUGAGAAUCAUCCUACUGCACCAAACACCUUAGCUAGAUGUAUUGAGAAUUAUGCUACUGCACCAAACCCCUUAGCUAGAUGUAUUGAGAAUUAUGCUACUGCACCAAACACCUUAGCUAGAUGUAUUGAGAAUUAUGCUACUGCACCAAACACCUUAGCUAGAUGUAUUGGGAAAUAGCCUACUGCAUCAAACACCUUAGCUAGAUGCAUUGGGAAAUAUCCUAUUGCACCAAACACCUUAGCUAGAUGCAUUGGGAAAUAGCCUACUGCACCAAACACCUUAGCUAGAUGUAUUGAGAAAUAGCCUACUGCACCAAACACCUUUGCUAGAUGCAUUGAGAAUCAUCCUACUGCACCAAACACCUUAGCUAGAUGUAUUGAGAAAUAGCCUACUGCACCAAACACCUUAGCUAGAUGUAUUGAGAAAUAUACUACUGCACCAAACACCUUAGCUAGAUGUGACUAAAAGCUCCUUGGCAGAAACUUCAAAAUGAAUGACAGAUUUCUUGAGUUAUCUUAGAUUCAUUCUGACUAUGUUUAGGAAGUGAUACUGGCUUUGUUCCUAUGGUGCCUCAUGGGGGACAAACAUCAGUAACUGCCACAUCGAACCACACCACCAAGACUGAAAUUGAUCUUAAUGAGCAACAGAAAACAACAUGCUGAGUCAGUGCGUUCAGUCGCUCUUUAAGUCAUCUGAAAAGUUUCAAAUCAAAUAUAGGCCUUACCUGUGGAAUCACUUCAAUCUCUAGACUGCUACCAAAUAUGAAUAUCUGAUGACGAUUGAUACCAUUUGAAAUGUAUUCCGUGUUUUUAAUCAAUUGGAUAUAUGUAACAAAAAGACAUGCUAUAAAGGCAUGCCGUUUUAGUAGAUGGAUAUGGAGAUAUGGAAACAUCUCUAAAGGUAUCAGUAGGAAACCUCUGUCUGUCCCCUUAGCAAUAAGGACAGCAGGUGACAGGCUGGAAGAGGAGUAGAUUUCAUGGAUCUGCAGAGGACUUUCAUUGUAUUUCAUCAUGCGAUCAAUGGAGACUAUGGUUGCCAUUGGUUGGUAUCACAGUAUUGAUAUCCAAUAGGAACUCUCUACUUUCUUCUUCUAGAAGUGUCUCCUGGGUUGUAACAGUGUAAUGAUGGAUAUCCUGUUUUAUUCCUUGAGUCUAUGGAGGUGUAGACUAUGCAUCAUUUACCUGUGAGAGAGUGUGUGGAAGAAAAGAUGGAGGCUGAAUGUGUUACGCUCCAUAACUAACUGAGAUGAUCUGUCUGUGAGGAUCUUAACAUGCACGCACACAUGCACUCACGCCCCCAGACACCAAAACAAGGCUGGUGAAGUCUGUCUCUGGAGAUAACUAAUGUGCAGCUCAGAGAACCUGAGGCAACUGUCGCUCUGACUACUGUGGAGUUAUGGGCCAUUAUGUACACAUUCAUAUUCCUGUCUACUGUGGAGUUAUGGGCCAUUAUGGACACAUUCAUAUUCCUGUCUGCUGUGGAGUUACAGGCCAUUAUGUACACAUUCAUAUUCCUGUCUAAUGUGGAGUUAGGGCCAUUAUGUACCCAUUCAUAUUCCUGUCUACUGUGGAGUUACAGGCCAUUAUGUACACAUUCAUAUUCCUGUCUAAUGUGGAGUUAGGGCCAUUAUGUACCCAUUCAUAUUCCUGUCUACUGUGGAGUUACAGGCCAUUUGUACACAUUCAUAUUCCUGUCUAAUGUGGAGUUAGGGCCAUUAUGUACACAUUCAUAUUCCUGUCUAAUGUGGAGUUAUGGGCCAUUAUGUACACAUUCAUAUUCCUGUCUACUGUGGAGUUAGGGCCAUUAUGUACACAUUCAUAUUCCUGUCUACUGUGGAGUUAGGGCCCAUUAUGUACACAUUCAUAUUCCUGUCUAAUGUGGAGUUAGGGCCAUUAUGUACACAUUCAUAUUCCUGUCUACUGUGGAGUUAGGGCCAUUAUGUACACAUUCAUAUUCCUGUCUAAUGUGGAGUUAGGGCCAUUAUGUACACAUUCAUAUUCCUGUCUAAUGUGGAGUUAGGGCCAUUAUGUACACAUUCAUAUUCCUGUCUAAUGUGGAGUUAGGGGCCAUUAUGUACACAUUCCUAUUCCCGUCUAAUGUGGAGUUAGGGCCAUUUUGUACCACAUUCAUAUUUUCCGGUCUACUGUGGAGUUAGGGCCAUUAUGGACCCAUUCAUAUUUCCCGUUGCUGUGGAGUUAGGGCCAUUUGUAAACAUUCAUAUUCCUGUCUACUGUGGAGUUAGGGGCCUUUUGUACACAUUCAUAUCCUGUCUCUGGGGGAGUUAGGGCAUUAUGUACCCAUUCAUAUUCCUGUCUGCUGUGGAGUUAGGGCCAUUAUGGACCACUUUAUAUUCCUGUCUACUGUGGAGUUGGGCCAUUAUGUACCCAUUCAUAUUCCUGUUGCUGUGGAGUUAGAGCCAUUAUGUACACAUCAUAUUCCCUUUUACUGUGGAGUUAGGGCCAUUAUGUACCAAUUUAUAUUCCUGUUGCUGUGGGUUAGGGCCAUUAUGUACACAUUCAUAUUCUGUUUUACUGUGGGUUAGGGCCAUUAUGUACACAUUCAUAUUCCUGUCUACUGUGGAGUUAGGGCCAUUAUGUACCCAUUCAUAUUCCUGUCUGCUGUGGAGUUAUGGGCCAUUAUGGACACAUUCAUAUUCCUGUCUACUGUGGAGUUAGGGCCAUUAUGUACCCAUUCAUAUUCCUGUCUACUGUUGGAGUUAGGGCCAUUAUGUACACAUUCAUAUUCCUGUCUACUGUGGAGUUAGGGGCCAUUAUGUACACAUUCAUAUUCCUGUCUAAUGUGGAGUUAGGGCCAUUAUGUACACAUUCAUAUUCCUGUCUAAUGUGGAGUUAGGGCCAUUAUGUACACAUUCAUAUUCCUGUCUACUGUGGAGUUAGGGCCAUUAUUGUACACAUUCAUAUUCCUGUCUAACUGUGGAGUUAGGGCCAUUAUGUACACCAUUCAUAUUCCUGUCUACUGUGGAGUUAGGGCCAUUAUGUACCCAUUCAUAUUCCUGUCUGCUGUGGAGUUAGGGCCAUUAUGUACACAUUCAUAUUCCUGUUCUACUGUGGAGUUAGGGCCCAUUAUGUACACAUUUCAUAUUCCUUGCUCUAUGUGGAGUUAGGGGCCAUUAUGUACCCAUUCAUAUUCCUGUCUUGCUGUGGCGUUAGGGACCAUUAUGGACACAUUCAUAUUUUUCAUGUUCUACUGUGGAGGUUAGGGCCUUAGUACCCAUUCAUAUUUCCUGUUCUGCUGUGGAGUUAGAGCCAUUAUGUACACAUUCAUAUUCCUGUUCUUCUACUGUGGAGUUAGGGCCAUUAUGCUACACAUUCAUUUCCUUUGAUUGUGGAUGUGGGUUUAGGCCAUUAUGUACCACAUUCAGAUUCCGUCUGUAUGCUGUGGAGUUAGGGCCCAUUAUGUACACAUUCAUAUUCCUGUCUACUGUGGGAGUUAGGGCCAAUUAUGUACACCUUCAUAUUCCUGUUCAUACUGUGGCCUUUAAGGGCCAUUUGUACACCCAUUCAUAUUUCCUGUCUGCUGUGGAAGUUAUGGGCCCUUAUUGGACACAUUUCAUAUUCCUGUCUACUGUGGAGGUUAGGGCCAUUAUGUACCCAUUCAUAUUCCUGUCUGCUGUGGAGUUAGGGCCAUUAUGUACACAUUCAUAUUCCUGUCUACUGUGGAGUUAGGGCCAUUAUGUACACAUUCAUAUUCCUGUCUACUGUGGAGUUAGGGCCAUUAUGUACACAUUCAUAUUCCUGUCUACUGUGGAGUUAGGGCCAUUAUGUACCCAUUCAUAUUCCUGUCUGCUGUGGAGUUAGGGCCAUUAUGUACACAUUCAUAUUCCUGUCUGCUGUGGAGUUAGGGCCAUUAUGUACACAUUCAUAUUCCUGUCUACUGUGGAGUUAGGGCCAUUAUGUACACAUUCAUAUUCCUGUCUACUGUGGAGUUAGGGCCAUUAUGUACCCAUUCAUAUUCCUGUCUAAUGUGGAGUUAGGGACAUUAUGGACACAUUCAUAUUCCUGUCUACUGUGGAGUUAGGGCCAUUAUGUACACAUUCAUAUUCCUGUCUACUGUGGAGUUAGGGGGCAUUAUGUACCCAUUCAUAUUCCUGUCUGCUGUGGAGUUUGGGGCCAUUAUGUACCCAUUCAUAUUCCUGUCUACUGUGGAGUUAGGGGGCAUUAUGUACACAUUUAUAUUCCUGUCUACUGUGGAGUUAGGGGGCAUUAUGUACACAUUUAUAUUACAUUUUACAUUUACAUUUUAGUCAUUUAGCAGACGCUCUUAUCCAGAGCGACUUACAGGAGCAAUUAGGGUUAAGUGCCUUGCUCAAGGGCACAUUUACGUCAUUUAGCAGACGCUCUUAUCCAGAGCGACUACAAGUUGGUGCAUUCACCCUAUAGCCAGUGGGAUAACCACUUUACAAUUAAAGUCAUACAUUAUCUAUUCAGGUGUUCUCUCCUUCACUACAUUCACAGCACCAUAACUAGCGGUUUUUGCAGUGGUAAACAUGGACAUUUGAUUGUGGAUAUCUCCUUCAUACAAUAUCAAACACAGGGAGACCCCAAAAGUGGCAGACAAAUAAAAGCAAAGAUGUUGUUUGAGCAACAUAUCCUCACAUUAGACAUUAUCAUUCAGUUCAAGAUGAUAUUUGGUGGACUGAGCAGACAGAGGAGUGGAAAAGGAGCAGAGAUCAUAAUGCCUCCUUGCCUGUUUAGCUAUUAUAUUCCUGUCUACUGUGGAGUUAGGGGGCAUUAUGUACACAUUUAUAUUCCUGUCUACUGUGGAGUUAGGGGGCAUUAUGUACACAUUUAUAUUCCUGUGUGUGUGUAAUGAAAUGUGUGCCAGUUUCUGUGCCUGCUAGCCCCGGAGUUGGCGGCUGGCUCUCGCUCACAGUAAACAAACCACACACACACACACCUCGAACAGCAGGACACCAAGUCCAGGGGGACAAACACAACACACAAACUCUGACACACUGCAGGGGGGAAACAGAACACAAGUACAGGGCGGUGAAAACACGGUCAACAACUAAGAGCACUGGCUUCUCCAGGCAACAGUUACCUUAACAUAAAGACACACAGGCCUGCACCCUUUUAAUGAUGUUCUGACCACCAAACUGUUACAUCCAGACAUGGCUUUGUCUACCUGCUUGAAUCAUGACAAUUACAAUAUUAGAAUAUAUUAAACAUGAUUACUAUUAACCCCGUUAGAUCUUUAUGACUUAAGGACAGUAAAUACAGAUGUAUGUUUAGGGCCUGGGUCCAAGCUUCUGUGUGUGAGUAUAUGCUAGUAUGUGUAACUGUAUUUGUCUAUAUUGUUUGUGUGUGUGUGUGUGUGUGUGUGUGUGUGUGUAGCUGCCCAGCUCGGGGGACCUGUGGAGUGUGUUCAUGGACUUCAACCACAAGCGUCUGGAGCCGUGGGAGAGGAUCAUCCCCUCCUUUAAGUACAACAAGGAACUGCCCUUCUUUGAGAUGUUGGUUCCCACCACCGACACGGUGCGCUACGGCUAUCUGAUGGAGAAACUGUUGUCUGUAGGGCACUCUGUUCUCUUCACCGGCAUCACCGGAGUAGGAAAGGUAUGGUCACACACCCACACACACAGACACACACACAGACACCCACACCCACACAGACACAGACACCCACACCCACACAGACACACACACACAGACACCCACACACACAGACUUUCAACUGGACCGCUCUGGACUGCUCCGAUAUCUUCUGACAUGUUUAUAUUUCAACCUUCCAUAUUGUUGUCCUCCACCACUGCUUGUCAGAGGCAUCUCUUACUAGUUUUAAUAGCUGGACCUUGUGGAGAAAAACACAUUUAUCAUUGAAUUCAUCUCGCAUAACACUCACUGUUAACCCUAUGCAUUCCUAAGUGUUUCCUCGGUGUGUUCUCUUGUCUCUGUGUGUGUGUCAGUCUGUGGUGGCCCGUGGUCUUCUGAACAGUGUCCAGGAGAAGGGAGGCUACGUACCCGUCUACAUCAACUUCUCAGCCCAGACCACCUCAGCCAGAACACAGGAGAUGAUCGAGUCCAAACUGGAGAAGAAGAGGAAGAACAUUCUGGGUGAGAGGGAGAGAGAGGAAUAUUGGGAUAGAUACAGUAACUAGCAAUACAUUCAGAGAGAGAGAGAGAGGAAUAUUGGGAUAGAGAUACAGUAACUAGCAAUACAUUCAGAGAGAGAGAGAGAGAGAGGAAUAUUGGGAUAGAGAUACAGUAACUAGCAAUACAUUCAGAGAGAGAGAGAGAGGGAUAUUGGGAUAGAGAUACAGUAACUAGCAAUACAUUCAGAGAGAGAGAGAGAGAAUAACAUAGAGAGAGAGAGAGAAAGCUUUGACUAUAUGCAGGCUCUGUGAGACUCAGUGAGCAUAGCCUUGCUAUUGAGAAAGGCCGCCGUAGGCAGACCUGGCUCUCAAGAGAAGACAGGCUAUGUGCACACUGCCCACAAAAUGAGGUGGAAACUGAGCUGCACUUCCUAACUUCCUGCCAAAUGUAUGACCAUAUUAGAGACACAUAUUUCCCUCAGAUUACACAGACUCACAAAGAAUUCGAAAACAAACCCAAUUUUGAUAAACUCCCUUAUCUACUGGGUGAAAUACCACAGUGUCCCAUCACAGCAGCAAGAUUUGUGACCUGUUGCCACAAGAAAAGGGCAACCAUUGAAGAACAAACACCAUCGUAAAUACAUUAUGUUUAUUUAUUUUUCCAUUUGUACUUGUAACUAUUUGCACAUUGUUACAACACUGUAUAUAGACAUAAUAUGACAUUUGAAAUGUCUUUAUUCUUUUGAGAGAUAUAUAUAUAUAUAUAUAUAUAUAUAUGUAUACACUGCUCAAAAAAAUUAAGGGAACACUUAAACAACACAAUGUAACUCCAAGUCAAUCACACUUCUGUGAAAUCAAACUGUCCACUUAGGAAGCAACACUGAUUGACAAUAAAUUUCACAUGCUGUUGUGCAAAUGGAAUAGACAACAGGUGGAAAUUAUAGGCAAUUAGCAAGACACCCCCAAUAAAGGACUGGUUUUGCAGGUGAUGACCACAGACCACUUCUCAGUUCCUAUGCUUCCUGGCUGAUGUUUUGGUCACUUUUGAAUGCUGGCGGUGCUUUCACUCUAGUGGUAGCAUGAGACGGAGUCUACAACCCACACAAGUGGCUCAGGUAGUGCAGCUCAUCCAGGAUGGCACAUCAAUGCGAGCUGUGGCAAGAAGGUUUGCUGUGUCUGUCAGCGUAGUGUCCAGAGCAUGGAGGCGCUACCAGGAGACAGGCCAGUACAUCAGGAGAUGUGGAGGAGGCCGUAGGAGGGCAACAACCCAGCAGCAGGACUGCUACCUCCGCCUUUGUGCAAGGAGGAGCAGGAGGAGCACUGCCAGAGCCCUAAAAUGACCUCCAGCAGGCCACAAAUGUGCAUGUGUCUGCUCAAACGGUCAGAAACAGACUCCAUGAGGGUGGUAUGAGGGCCCGACGUCCACAGGUGGGGGUUGUGCAUACAGCCCAACACCGUGCAGGACGUUUGGCAUUUGCCAGAGAACACCAAGAUUGGCAAAUUCGCCACUGGCGCCCUGUGCUCUUCACAGAUGAAAGCAGGUUCACACUGAGCACGUGACAGACGUGACAGAGUCUGGAGACGCCGUGGAGAACGUUCUGCUGCCUGCAACAUCCUCCAGCAUGACCGGUUUGGCGGUGGGUCAGUCAUGGUGUGGGGUGGCAUUUCUUUGGGGGGCCGCACAGCCCUCCAUGUGCUUGCCAGAGGUAGCCUGACUGCCAUUAGGUACCGAGAUGAGAUCCUCAGACCCCUUGUGAGACCAUAUGCUGGUGCGGUUGGCCCUGGGUUCCUCCUAAUGCAAGACAAUGCUAGACCUCAUGUGGCUGGAGUGUGUCAGCAGUUCCUGCAAGAGGAAGGCAUUGAUGCUAUGGACUGGCCCGCCCGUUCCCCAGACCUGAAUCCAAUUGAGCACAUCUGGGACAUCAUGUCUCGCUCCAUCCACCAACGCCAUGUUGCACCACAGACUGUCCAGGAGUUGGCGGAUGCUUUAGUCCAGGUCUGGGAGGAGAUCCCUCAGGAGACCAUCCGCCACCUCAUCAGGAGCAUGCCCAGGCGUUGUAGGGAGGUCAUACAGGCACGUGGAGGCCACACACACUACUGAGCCUCAUUUUGACUUGUUUUAAGGACAUUACAUCAAAGUUGGAUCAGCCUGUAGUGUGGUUUUCCACUUUAAUUUUGAGGGUGACUCCAAAUCCAGACCUCCAUGGGUUGAUACAUUUGAUUUCCAUUGAUAAUUUAUGUGUGAUUUUGUUGUCAGCACAUUCAACUAUGUAAAGAAAAAAGUAUUUAAUAAGAUUAUUUCAUUCAUUCAGAUCUAGGAUGUGUUAUUUUAGUGUUCCCUUUCUUUUUUUGAGCAGUGUGUAUAUAUAUAUUGUGGGCAUCCUAGCACAACAUGGUUGUUCUACAUCACCCAGACAAUGGUACAGAUCAGUGGUAAAUCACAUGAACUGAUAGGCCUACUUAGUGAAGUGGUAGUAAUGGCAUCCCUUCCCCUCUUUCUUCCAUACCUCCCUCCCUCCUUAUACCUCUACUUCCUUACCUCCCUCCCUCCUUAUAUCUCUACUUCCUUACCUCCCUCCCUCCUUAUAACUCUACUUCCAUACCUCCCUCCCUCCUUAUAUCUCUACUUCCAUACCUCCCUCCCUCCUUAUAUCUCUACUUCCAUACCUCCCUCCCUCCUUAUAUCUCUACUUCCAUACCUCCCUCCCUCCUUAUAUCUCUACUUCCAUACCUCCCUCCCUCCUUAUAUCUCUACUUCCAUACCUCCCUCCCUCCUUAUAUCUCUACUUCCAUACCUCCCUCCCUCCUUAUAUCGCUACUUCCAUACCUCCCUCCCUCCUUAUAUCUCUACUUCCAUACCUUCCUCCCUCCUUAUAUCUCUACUUCCAUACCUCCCUCCCUCCUUAUAUCUCUACUUCCAUACCUCCCUCCCUCCUUAUCUCUACUUCCAUACCUCCCUCCCUCCUUAUUCUCUAUUCCAUACCUCCCUCCCUCCUUAUAUCUCUACUUCCAUACCUCCCUCCCUCCUUAUAUCUCUACUUCCAUACCUUCCCUCCCUCCUUAUAUCUCUACUUCCAUACCUCCCUCCCUCCUUAUAUCUCUACUUCCAUACCUCCCUCCCUCCUUAUAUCUCUACUUCCAUACCUCCCUCCCUCCUUAUAUCUCUACUUCCAUACCUCCCCCUCCCUCCUUAUAUCUCUACUUCCAUACCUCCCUCCCUCCUUAUAUCUCUACUUCCAUCCUCCCUCCCUCCUUAAUCUCUACUUCCAUACCUCCCUCCCUCCUUAUAUCUCUACUUCCAUACCUCCCUCCCUCCUUAUAUCUCCUACUUCCAUACUCCUCCCUCCUUAUAUCUCUACUUCGCAUACCUCCCUCCUCCUUAUCCUACUUUCCAUACCUCCCUCCUCCCUAAUCCUCUCUUCCAUACUACCUCCCUCCCUCCUUAUUAUUCUCUACUUCCAUACCUCCCUCCCUCCUUAUAUCUCUACUUCCAUACCUCCCUCCCUCCUUAUAUCUCUACUUCCAUACCUCCCUCCCUCCUUAUAUCUCUACUUCCAUACCUCCCUCCCUCCUUAUAUCUCUACUUCCAUACCUCCCUCCCUCCUUAUAUCUCUACUUCCAUACCUCCCUCCCUCCUUAUAUCGCUACUUCCAUACCUCCCUCCCUCCUUAUAUCGCUACUUCCAUACCUCCCUCCCUCCUUAUAUCGCUACUUCCAUACCUCCCUCCCUCCUUAUAUCUCUACUUCCAUACCUCCCUCUGUCAUUGUUCUUCAUCUCAGGUGCUCCUGGUAACAGAAAGAUAGUGAUCUUUGUGGAUGAUCUGAACAUGCCUAAGUUGGACACCUACGGCUCCCAGCCCCCCAUCGAACUGCUCAGACAGUUCCAGGACUUCCACGGCUUCUACGACCGAGAGAAGUUCUUCUGGAAGGAGAUCCAGGUACACACACACACACACAGUCUUGUUUAAUAUGUAGACAGAGUCUCACCUUGUCUGGCCUUGAGGAUAUUAGGUAAAACAUUCUGCUGCAGUCGUUUUUUUUAAGUCUGAGAAAAAUAAGUGACUUUUUGUUCACGGUCAGUGAAUACAUUCACUUGUUUAGUAUUCAGACAGAGGGUUGGUCUGAGGUCCGUAAUGUAUAUGUAAGAUUGCAGGCCCAGGUCCAGGAGCUGAUAGGGUACAUUAUUCUACUACAGUACAAUGUGUGUGUUUUAGUCUUCUGUUACUGUUGUGAAUGGUCAGCAAACGGUAAUUACUUUCCGAUAGCACCCAGAACAUUAAAAGGUGCUAUUUGUACGUAUUAGGGACUAAUUCAUCUGUGGGGGUGGCUGUGGGGGUGGCUGUGUGGGUGGAUGUGUGGGUGUGGGUGGAUGUGUGUGUGUGUGGGUGUGCACAAGUGAAUAAUUCAGAGAAUCAGUUAUUCUGUUUGUUGAGUUAUGAAUGUGUACUGGGUGUAAAUGUGUUUCCACCACGUGACAGACAGACGACAGACAACCAUGUCAAGACAGCCACGAGAGAGUAGUCACACAAGGUCAUAUGCAAACACACACACACACACACACAGGGAAACACACACACACACACACAGGGAAUACAGAACCAAGGGCAUGUCAAUAUUUUCUAAUCCAAACAGGGUUUCACUCUGAAGUUUAACUCAGCUAAAAAUGCUGACUCAGUUCGAUGUGCUUCAAACUGAAAGUCAAAUGUAAUAUUGAUGAAAGACUGAACUGAUGGAAAAUAUGAGAGCUGAAAUACAUAUGAAAAUGUGGUUGUAGGAAUUUCUGUGCCAAAUCUUCCUUUCGACCCCCACUCUCCUCCUUUCCUCCCCUCUUCUCUCUCGUUCUCUUUCUCUCUGCAGGACAUGACGAUCGCGGCGGCCUGCGCUCCGCCAGGAGGGGGCCGUAACCCAGUGACCCCUCGUUUCAUCCGCCACUUCAGCAUGCUGUGUCUGCCCACCCCCUCCGAACACAGCCUCAAACAGAUCUUCAAU